CGUCAGCCACAGACGUGCUCUCUGAUUGGCUAGGGCAUGUCGCCGAGGAGUGACGCACACCAGCGCUGGCCAAUCCCCGGUGAGCUGAGGUGGACUUGGCGGUGGAAGCCGGAGCCGAGCUCGGGUGUCCGUGGGUCGAGGAGGGCUCUGCCCAGUUUCCUUUUAGACCAUGGCAACAUAUCAGGAGUUCAUUCAACAGAAUGAAGAACGAGAUGGUGUGCGUUUCAGUUGGAAUGUGUGGCCUUCCAGUCGCCUUGAAGCUACAAGAAUGGUUGUUCCCUUGGCUUGUCUCCUCACUCCUUUAAAGGAAAGACCAGACUUACCUCCUGUACAGUAUGAACCUGUGCUUUGCAGCAGGCCAACCUGCAAAGCUAUUCUCAAUCCACUUUGUCAAGUUGAUUACCGGGCAAAACUCUGGGCCUGCAAUUUCUGUUUUCAAAGAAAUCAGUUCCCUCCAGCAUACACAGGCAUAUCUGAGGUGAAUCAGCCUGCUGAAUUGAUGCCCCAGUUUUCCACAAUUGAGUACAUGAUCCAGCGGGGUGCUCGGUCCCCUCUGAUCUUUCUCUAUGUCGUUGACACAUGUUUGGAGGAAGAUGACCUUCAAGCACUCAAAGAGUCCCUGCAGAUGUCGUUGAGUCUCCUUCCUCCAGAUGCCCUGGUUGGUCUUAUCACUUUUGGGAGGAUGGUGCAGGUUCAUGAGCUAAGCUGUGAAGGGAUCUCUAAAAGUUACGUCUUCCGAGGGACCAAGGAUUUAACUGCAAAGCAAAUUCAGGAGAUGCUGGGCCUGACCAAGCCUGCUAUGCCCAUGCAGCAAGCAAGACCUGCUCAACCUCAGGAGCAGCCUUUUGUUUCCAGCAGAUUUCUACAGCCCGUUCACAAAAUUGACAUGAACCUCACAGAUCUUCUUGGGGAGCUUCAGCGGGACCCAUGGCCAGUAAUGCAGGGGAAGAGACCACUGCGGUCCACAGGUGUUGCUUUGUCCAUUGCCGUUGGCUUGUUGGAGGGUACGUUCCCGAAUACCGGAGCCAGGAUUAUGCUUUUCACUGGAGGGCCCCCGACCCAGGGACCUGGCAUGGUGGUUGGAGAUGAACUGAAGACUCCUAUUCGUUCCUGGCACGAUAUUGAGAAAGAUAACGCACGGUUCAUGAAAAAGGCAACCAAGCACUAUGAGAUGCUUGCUAAUCGAACUGCUGCAAAUGGUCACUGCAUUGAUAUUUAUGCUUGUGCUCUUGAUCAGACUGGACUUCUGGAGAUGAGAUGCUGUCCGAAUCUUACAGGAGGCCACAUGGUGAUGGGAGAUUCUUUCAACACUUCUCUUUUCAAGCAGACAUUCCAAAGAAUUUUCAGUAAAGACUUCAAUGGAGAUUUCAGAAUGGCGUUUGGUGCUACCCUGGAAGUAAAGACCUCUCGGGAACUGAAGAUUGCAGGAGCCAUUGGUCCAUGCGUCACUAUGAAUGUGAAAGGACCAUGUGUGUCAGAAAAUGAACUUGGUGUUGGUGGCACAAGUCAGUGGAAAAUCUGUGGCUUGGAUCCCUCGUCUACUCUUGGCAUCUACUUUGAAGUUGUCAAUCAACACAAUGCCCCAAUUCCUCAGGGAGGCAGAGGUGCCAUCCAGUUCGUCACCCAGUACCAGCAUUCCAGCACUCAGAAGCGCAUCCGAGUGACUACCAUUGCCCGAAAUUGGGCAGAUGCACAGAGUCAGCUGAGGCACAUAGAAGCAUCAUUUGACCAGGAGGCUGCAGCAGUCUUGAUGGCACGGCUUGGAGUGUUCCGCGCAGAGUCAGAGGAGGGGCCAGAUGUGCUCCGGUGGCUGGAUCGACAACUCAUCCGACUGUGUCAGAAGUUUGGGCAGUAUAACAAAGAAGACCCCACAUCUUUCAGAUUGUCAGACUCCUUUUCUCUGUAUCCUCAGUUCAUGUUCCAUCUGAGAAGAUCUCCAUUUCUUCAAGUGUUUAACAAUAGUCCUGAUGAGUCAUCCUAUUAUAGACACCAUUUUGCCCGUCAGGAUCUGACCCAGUCUCUCAUCAUGAUCCAGCCCAUUCUCUAUUCUUACUCCUUCCAUGGACCGCCAGAGCCUGUGCUCCUGGACAGCAGCAGCAUUCUAGCUGACAGGAUUCUGCUGAUGGAUACGUUCUUCCAAAUCGUCAUUUAUCUCGGGGAGACUAUAGCCCAGUGGCGGAAAGCUGGGUACCAGGACAUGCCUGAGUAUGAAAACUUCAAGCACCUUCUGCAGGCACCACUGGAUGACGCACAAGAGAUUCUUCAAGCCCGCUUCCCAAUGCCACGCUAUAUCAACACAGAGCAUGGUGGCAGUCAGGCUCGGUUCCUGUUGUCUAAAGUUAACCCAUCUCAGACACACAAUAACCUGUAUGCUUGGGGACAGGAAACUGGAGCGCCCAUCCUGACGGACGAUGUCAGCCUGCAGGUGUUCAUGGAUCACUUGAAGAAGCUGGCUGUGUCCAGUGCCUCUUAAGCUGACGGCACAGCCCAGAAAUGGAAGACAGUGCUCUCAGACUGUGCUCACGCUGUUAUUGUCCUGGCAACAUUCCUUUUACCUUUCUGGGGGAUUCUAAUAAAUAACCCAAGGAGUUUUUUAUAUGUAUGUCUUCAGGUUAUAAUACAUCUUCAGGCUGUAAUUUAUUUGUAUUCCUUCUCUGUCUGUUUUCCUACUCAUGGAAUUAUAUGUCAUAAAUGUUCUACUAAGUGUAGAUGUUUACUUUUUAUACCUUAAUGUUUUAGAGUCUUUAUAAAAUCAGAGUUUAUGUAGUUUGGGCUGCUUGUUUAAGUGAAAGUCUUAAUGAUCAUAAAGAAAAUAAAUCUGGAUGAGGACAGCAUUGGCCAAAAUAAUGCAGAUUUUAUUUUUGAGUGGGUGUGUGUUUGAGAGGGAUAGAGAGAGAGAACAUGCGUGCUCGUGAAGGUUAGGGGACAGCAUAGUGGAGGUGGCUCUCUCCUUCCACCUUGUGGGUUGUGGUUCUCAGGAAGAAAACUCAGGCCAUCAGUUUUGUCAGCAAGUGCCCUUACCUACUGAACCAUCUCAGGGGAAGCAAAGCCUCGGGGAAGGAAAGAACGUGAGUCCUAAGUAGACUGAAAGAGACCUGGGAAUUGGAUGUUAGGCCACCUGGACUGAUUAUAAUUGUCUACCUUUGAAGUUCAUAUUUACUCUCCUUUGUCUCCAUUCUGUGCUUUGGAAGCAUUUAGUAUAUAACAGAUACAUUUUGGAUGUUAAGAGUUUAUAUAAUAUUUCCUUUCCCAGAGGAGAUUUUUAUGUAAUUUUCAAUGGAGACACAUCUUAUAGAAGAGUGCAUAAAAUUUUAAGUAGGUUGGAACUAAAAUCUCCUCAUUGGACCUGUCUGUUACACAUUAACAGAAGAAAGCACACGGUGAUUCCAUCGCAGCCAGGUAUUUUCUCCAGUAAGGUAGGAUGAGAGCACCUCUGAGUGACUAACAGAGAAGACAUGGCCAUACAGUGCCACUUCUAGGCCCCAGUGGGGAGGAGGAGUACAGUGCUCCCUGAGUGGGUACCACUGAGUCCACUGUACCUCCUGAAGACUCUGAGCUCUGUUUGAAAUCAAGGCACACUUACCUCAGGCAGGGGCUGAAAUGGUCAGUGGUGGUGUGAAAAACUAGGACUUAAAUGGCAGGAAGGAUGGGAGAGAAAAAUGAGUCUUAAAGCAGAGUAUGCUGUUCAGAAGUGAUGAACGCGACAACAUGAGGAAGGGGUCAAUAUUUCUUGGGGGAUGGUUUUUGCAGUCAUUGCCUUAAUUAGGGAACAGGAGAAGAGUGUUUCUUCUGUGUAGUUCAGUCCUAUACAUUUUAAGGAGCUUGUGUGAUAUGCACACUGGAAAUGUUCAGCAGGCUGACAGUGUGCAUUUGUAUACAGCAGAGUCUCGACUAGAGACUAAAAGGCUGUAAUAGGUAACAUGAAUCUAGUUGAUGAGAAUAAGAUGAGAGGCAAGUGUGAAAUAAUACAAUUGUUUUCCUUUUUACAAUUUCAUUGAGAUAUACUUUAUAUACAAUAGCUUCACCCAGUUAAGUGCACAAUUUAAUCAGUUUUGCUAGGUGAAACCUAUGUGUUGGCCGCAGACUACUGACCAGAUUUUCCCUUCUGUAUCAGUUUGCUUUUGGGUUGGAUGUCUGUUUACCUUUCAUUUACCCGAAUCAAUUCGAAAUUCAUAUGUAUUGCCAAGUGGUACAUCACUUUUAUUCUAUUUUUUACUCAGAUAUUUGAGUGGUUUCUAUUACUGUGAAUAAAAUAUGAGCAGCGUG